AGCACACAAUCUUGGGUAUCUUUCCCUCCCUAAUUCCCUCGAAGCACAAGGCAUAUCAUUGGCUUUGCUUUACACGAAAUGGCCUCUGUUCAAGUUGUCAACGUCUCUUUGCCCGCCCUCUCUGAGGGUUGGUCCGCUGACAAGGACUUCAAGGCUGUCGGCACUUUGUCUGCUGCUACUCAGAGGAAUCUGGAGGCUGUUGGCCCUCACUUCUUGGCCCACGCCCGUAGAAAGCGUCACCAGCGCACUUUCUCCGAGGAUGAGAGACUCCAGGCCCAGCAGAACGUUAAGAAGACCGAGGAGGAUGAGGACGACGACAUUUCCGAAGAUGAAGAUCCCAUGAUGCUUUCUCGGGAGGCUAGGGACUGGAAGAGCCAAGACCACUACGCUGUUCUCGGUUUGAGGAAGUACCGUUGGCGCGCUACCCCCGAGCAGAUCAAGCGUGCUCACCGCAAGAAGGUCCUCCGCCACCACCCCGACAAGAAGGCCGCCUUAGGUGACCGUGACGAGAACGACAGCUUCUUCAAGUGUAUCCAGAAGGCCAACGAGAUCCUUACGGACCCCACCAAGCGUCGCCAGUUCGACUCCGUCGAUGAGGCUGCCGAGGUUGACCCCCCUAGCAAGAAGGAGGUUGCCAAGGGCAACUUCUUCAAGCUCUGGCGCCCUGUCUUCCAGGCUGAGGCCCGUUUCUCCAAGAUCCAGCCCGUGCCUGAGUUGGGUGAUGAGAACAGCACCUUCGAGGAGGUUGAUAACUUCUACAACUUCUGGUAUAACUUCGACAGCUGGCGUACUUUCGAAUACCUCGAUGAGGAUGUGCCCGAUGACAACGAGAACCGUGACCAGAAGCGUCACGUUGAGAAGAAAAACGCCAACGCCCGCCGCAAGCGCAAGACUGAGGACACUGCCCGUCUCCGUCAUCUCGUUGACGACUGUGCCGCUCAGGAUGAGCGUAUCAAGAAGUUCCGUAAGGCCGCUCGUGCCGACAAGGACAAGAAGCGUCUCGAGAAGGAGGCCGAAGCGAAGCGCCUGGCUGAGGAGAAGGAGAAGGCUCGCCUGGAGGAGGAGCAGCGCAAGAAGGACGCCGAGGAGGCCGCCAAGGCUGAGCGUGAGAAGAAUAAGAAGGCCAAGGAGGCCGCUAAGAACGCUGCUAAGAAGAACAAGCGUGUUCUUAAGGGUUCCGUCAAGGAUGUUAGCUACUUCGCCGACGGCGAGCCUUCCGCCGCUCAAGUUGACUCUGUUCUGACCGAUGUUGACCUCGUCAUGAGCAAGAUUGAUGCUGAGGAGCUUGCUGGUCUGGCCGAGCGUCUUACUUCUGCUGGCAAGGACGCUGCCGCCGUCAAGAACGCUUGGGCCGAACAGGUUAAGACACUCGUCGGUGCCGGUAAGCUCAAGGAGGGUGAGACCAAGAACUUCUAGAGUACUCUUCUAGCGGGUAUGACAUUGUUAUGAACAGGAUGUGUGUUUGGUACAUGGUCGUUUUGCGAAGAACUAAGCCCAAAGCGAUAUCGGGCAUAGCCUGCAAAAAUGCGUAGUCACGAUCUAUAGAUAGAUAGAUUUGAUUUUCAAAAGACUAAUGGAGGCAACGAUUUUGAUGCAUUAUAUCAAUCAUUCUGACCACAAAUGAGACGCUCUUUUGGAGUUACCAUUACUUAAUAUAUGUUGCUACGAUCAAUU